UCAGGAACACAGAAGGGGCGGGCCCACAGCCGGCGCGUAAUCGGAGAGCUCUGCCGCGGCUCUGACAUCCACAUGCUGCUCAGCCUGAAAAGGCAGGGGGGAGCCGGAGGGGAAGCAGAGACCGCGAGCGAGGCACCAGCCCGCAGCCCGCCCUCGGCACAUCCCAGACGCGCAGACACUCGGCGAGGCGCUGGGCGAGGUGGAGGUGAGGGCGGGCGCCGGCGAACUCGGAGAGGGGCUCGCUCAGUCCCGAGCGAUCCCAGUCGCCGCCGCCGCACCAGCAGCAGCAACAGCAGCAGCAACAGCAGCAGCACCAGCAGCGGCGGCAGCGGCAGCAGCAGCUUCCUUCCUCAGAUCCCCUCGUGAGGCUGGCUAAGCGGGUGUAGCCACCGGGGGAGGCUCCCGGUAGGGAACCGGGCGCGGGCUGGAGCUGGGCGGCCGCCUCCCACUCGGGCCGUCCGGCGAUCAGUGCCUCCGCCAGCGUGUCAUCCCGGGUGCCGGGGAUGUGUGUCAGUUUACGCCUCUGAGAUCACACAGCUGCCUGGGGGCCGGGUGAUGCCCAAGGCGAGUGUUGGCUCUUAUUUUUGUUAUUUUUUACGCUUGGCUUUCGGGAAAUAUUCGUGAUGUUGUAGAAGAAAGGAAAUGAUACUUUGAGGAACUGGAGAGGACAUAGAUGCCUUGUUUUUAAGAGAGGAAACGCGUCCCCUCUUUCCGGCUUGCUCCCUUUUUGCUGAUUUCAAGAGCUACCCUCCUCCUGGCGAGGUGGGGAUCCAGCUAGAAGAAAGGUGAAGACGGGCCGCCAGAACUCGGGAGGAAAACACUGACCACUGGAAACCUCUGCAGAAGACACUGUAAGGAAGAACAGAAGCCAGGGGAAAACACAAAAGACUUAUAACUAUACAAGAAACCUACAAAUCCUGCUCUGGAAAAAGGCUCCUUCUUCGAAAUGGAUAUGUUUCCUCUCACCUGGGUUUUCUUAGCUCUCUACUUUUCAAGACACGAAGUAAGAGGCCAACCAGACCCACCCUGCGGAGGUCGCUUGAAUUCCAAAGAUGCCGGGUACAUCACCUCGCCAGGUUACCCCCAGGAUUAUCCAUCCCACCAGAACUGUGAGUGGAUUGUUUACGCCCCCGAACCCAACCAGAAGAUUGUCCUCAACUUCAACCCGCACUUUGAAAUUGAGAAGCAUGACUGCAAGUAUGAUUUCAUUGAGAUUCGGGAUGGGGACAGUGAAUCUGCAGACCUCCUGGGGAAGCACUGUGGGAACAUCGCCCCACCCACCAUCAUUUCCUCAGGCUCAGUGCUCUACAUCAAGUUCACCUCUGACUAUGCCCGACAAGGGGCAGGUUUCUCCCUGCGCUAUGAGAUCUUCAAGACAGGCUCCGAAGACUGUUCAAAAAACUUCACGAGCCCCAAUGGGACCAUCGAAUCCCCUGGGUUUCCUGAGAAAUACCCACACAACUUGGACUGCACCUUUACCAUCCUGGCCAAACCCAAGAUGGAGAUUGUUCUGCAGUUCCUGACCUUUGACCUGGAGCACGACCCUUUGCAGGUGGGAGAGGGAGACUGCAAGUAUGAUUGGCUGGACAUCUGGGAUGGCAUUCCCAAUGUUGGUCCCUUGAUUGGCAAGUACUGUGGGACCAAAACCCCAUCUGAACUCCGUUCCUCGACGGGGAUCCUCUCUCUGACCUUUCACACAGACAUGGCGGUGGCCAAGGAUGGCUUCUCUGCACGCUACUACCUGGUCCACCAGGAGCCGCUAGAAAACUUUCAAUGCAACGUCCCUCUGGGAAUGGAGUCUGGCCGGAUUGCUAAUGAACAGAUCAGUGCUUCCUCUACCUACUCUGAUGAGAGGUGGACCCCUCAACAAAGCCGUCUCCAUGGUGAUGACAAUGGCUGGACACCCAACUUGGAUUCCAGCAAGGAGUAUCUCCAGGUGGACCUGCGCUUUCUAACCAUGCUCACGGCCAUCGCGACACAGGGAGCAAUUUCCAGGGAAACCCAGAAUGGCUAUUAUGUCAAGUCCUACAAGCUGGAAGUCAGCACCAACGGUGAAGACUGGAUGAUGUACCGGCAUGGCAAAAACCACAAGGUGUUCCAAGCCAACAAUGAUGCGACAGAAGUGGUUCUGAACAAGCUUCACACACCGGUGCUGACGAGAUUUGUCAGGGUUCGCCCUCAGACCUGGCACUCGGGCAUCGCCCUGCGGCUGGAACUCUUCGGCUGCCGGGUCACAGAUGCUCCCUGCUCCAACAUGCUGGGCAUGCUCUCCGGCCUCAUAGCCGACUCGCAGAUCUCGGCCUCCUCCACCCGUGAGUACCUCUGGAGCCCCAGUGCUGCUCGUCUGGUCAGCAGCCGCUCAGGCUGGUUCCCCCGCGUCCCUCAGGCACAGCCUGGUGAGGAGUGGCUUCAGGUGGACCUGGGAGCGCCCAAGACGGUAAAAGGCGUCAUCAUCCAGGGAGCCCGCGGAGGAGACAGCAUCACAGCCGUGGAAGCCAGGGCUUUUGUGCGCAAGUUCAAAGUCUCCUACAGCCUAAAUGGCAAGGACUGGGAAUACAUCCAGGACCCCAGGACCCAGCAGCCGAAGCUGUUUGAAGGGAACAUGCACUAUGACACUCCUGACAUUCGAAGAUUCGACCCUGUUCCGGCACAGUACGUCAGGGUGUACCCCGAGAGGUGGUCUCCAGCGGGAAUUGGGAUGCGGCUGGAGGUGCUGGGCUGUGACUGGACAGACUCAAAGCCUACAGUGGAGACACUGGGACCCACGGUGAAGAGCGAGGAGACCACCACCCCAUAUCCCAUUGACGAGGAGGCCACGGAGUGUGGGGGGAACUGCAGCUUUGAAGAUGACAAAGAUUUGCAGCUCCCUUCAGGAUUCAAUUGCAACUUUGAUUUCCCGGAGGAGCCCUGUGGGUGGAUGUACGACAGCGCCAAGUGGCUCAGAAGCACCUGGACCAGCCCCUCCAGCCCGAACGACCGGACAUUUCCAGAUGACCGGAAUUUCUUGCGACUGCAGAGCGACGGCGGGAGGGAGGGCCAGUACGGCCGGCUCAUCAGCCCCCCGGUGCACCUGCUGCGCAGCCCCGUGUGCAUGGAGUUCCAGUACCAGGCCACGGGCGACCGCGGGGUGGCGCUGCAGGUGGUGCGCGAAGCCAGCCGGGAGAGCAAACUCCUGUGGGUGAUCCGCGAGGACCAGGGCAACGAGUGGAAGCACGGGCGGAUCAUCUUGCCCAGCUACGACAUGGAGUAUCAGAUCGUGUUCGAGGGAGUUAUAGGAAAAGGACGUUCGGGAGAAAUUGCCAUUGAUGACAUUCGGAUAAGCACUGAUGUCCCGCUGGAGAAUUGUAUGGAACCCAUCUCAGCUUUUGCAGGGGGCACCCUCCUACCAGGGACCGAGCCCACAGUGGACACGGUGCCCGUGCAGCCCAUUCCAGCCUACUGGUAUUACGUAAUGGCCGCCGGGGGCGCGGUGCUGGUGCUGGUCUCCGUCGCGCUGGCCCUGGUGCUCCACUACCACCGGUUCCGCUAUGCGGCCAAGAAGACCGAUCACUCCAUCACCUACAAAACCUCCCAGUACACCAACGGGCCCCCUCUGGCGGUGGAACCCACCCUAACCAUUAAACUAGAGCAAGACCGCAGCUCGCACUGCUGAGCGCCGAAGCAAGGACAGCACCCAAUCAAACAAGAAAGACUGCAAACACGUUGCCUCGAUUUUGCACUUUUUCUCCUCGCCUAGUCUCUGUGCGAACUCUCAGACAUCUCUCUCUCUCCGAGCGCGGACCCUGUGCGCGCUCUCAUCCAUCCCGGGCAUUCUCCUUGCGUUCAUUUUUUGUUCCUUUUGUUCAUUCCAAAACAACAGCCCCCGACUCUAAUGCUGCAUCUUGGAAUAUGAGAAGAGAUACACCCCUAAGUACUUCACAGCUCAAGGCUCAGCUGGUUUUCUUCCAGAGACUGGUUCCCCGCUUCCCCUUGCCUUACCCCACACUCCUCUUGGUGGACAGUCUGCCAGGAGACUUGAGGGGAAACCUGCAUCUGUGUGCUUGUACAUAGUAAACGUGUGUGUGUGAAAAGCUCAGUGUGUGUGUGUGUGUGUGUGUGUGUGUGUGGUGGGGGGUGAGAGAGAUUGGUCAUUGUUGAGGGGAGUGUGUGGGUGUGUUCCGAGAAGAACCCCUUUCACUCUUGUGUUACUUCUCCGGGAGUACAUUUUACAAGAAAAUAAUAUACUGUACUAGUUUUGUUUACUUGGAGAAGAGAUCGAAGCUUUUUGUUGCCUUAUCUAGAGCUCUGGCUGGGUUUCUGUUGGCUACCACUGUCAUCUCCAGGAACCUAAAAAUCUAGUGGCCACAUGAAGUGAAAUGUGGCCCCUCCUAUCCCCUGUCCCCUUUCCUUACUCCCCCCCCCCCUCCACCCAAGGGGAAGGUUCCCCAGGGCACUCAGACACUCAGACCGGACCACUAGUCUCAUGGCCUGGUGUCUUUGAGAUAACACACCGUUGGGUGCAUUGGGAACCAUCUCUACUUCCAACCCUAAAGCAAAUCUGUUUCAUGUUGCCUUAUGAAAGAUAAGCUCAUAAUGAAUGUUUAGCUUUUGUCAGUUAAGUCCAAUCUUGGAGUAAGUCAUAGAGAAUAACCGAUCUGAGAAUGAUGUAGGAAAAGCAGUAACUCGUUUAAGUUGAGAGGGGGGUGGGGUGGGGGGUGACGGAGAGAAGGAAGGGGGAGGCAGAACUGAAAUGUUGUCUUUUAAAAGUCUUCUCCCCCUGAGGAUUCAUUGUGUGCAAGAAGGGUAAAAGCCCUACUCUUUGGUAUUAUAUUGGUCAUUGUAAUAACAUUUGUAAGAUGUGAGGGAAGAGGCCAUGGCUCUCCUUCUGUGGUGUUAGUUGUGCCUGAAGUUCUAGCUGCUAACAUUGGCGGCUGCCCCCCUGACUUAUUUAAAUAUCAUGGGAGAAUAAAAGUAAUCGUUUUGUAAUGUAUCAGUGUGCUGCCCCUUAAAGCAUUCUUGGCAUCUGGCAAAUAAACCCGCCUAGGCUGGCCUGGCAUUUCCAGUUAUUGCCGCAUCAUCAGAAGGUAUAAUGAAGAUAAAUCCAUGGCUACCCAGUUGUCCUCUCUAAAAGGGGGAUGGGGUGUGAGUGAUGAAUUGCAUAAUGACAUGCAAUUUACCUUUCGUAAAGGGUAGAUCCAACAAUGAAGUCGAUUUUGUUGAUAGAAAAUGUGUAUUUUAACGAGGUUCUCCGGGUACUGGCUCAGCCUUGGGGUGUAUGUCUCACCUUCCCAUCCCAUAGGACUCCUGGAGAAGUACAAGUUUCUCUCCUAAGGUGGUGGCCUGGGCUGGAAGCCUCCAGGUACCUUCUGAGAGCAAAAUACUAAUGAUUUUUUUUUUUGACCGCUUGAGCGAGAGACUUCUAACAUUCUUUCAGAAUAUCCACAUAGAUUCCUAAAACACACACUCACUUUCGCAUCUGGCUUAUCUCAUCCUCCUGAAGGAACGGUGCUCUCCCACUCUUACUUGAUUUCAAAGAGCUACUCUGUCUUAACCACAGCAGCCCUGCCAAGAAAAGAAAAGAUGAAAGGCUAGAUGAGCUACCUUAAGGUUUCAAGAAGUGUCCUACCCCAGCUGAAGAUGGAGAAGCCAGGGGAGGGGGAGGAUACAUAGAUGACCCUGCCCCCACCCUCUUGCCAGUCUCCAAGGGCUUUGUACCUCAGUUUCCACAUCCAGUUGUGUUUGGGGUCAGACCUUCCCACAAAAUGAUUGACAUGACACCCCUGUAGGCACUUCAUACAGGUGUGGUGCCAGGAAAUUACACCUGGAAAACCCAAGCCAUAUACCCUUGAGGAGUUCCCUUCCUGUAACAACGACUUUGUGAAUUUGCUGUCUUUAUUGGAUGCCCCCUGGGGCAUCCUCUUUCUGCACAUGCCAUGGAAUAUUCAGCUACUGAAUUCUUUGUGAAUCCCAUAGUGCACUUCAGCUGGGGAUGAUACACUUUCUCUCUUUUUUCCUCUCUCUCUCUCUCUGGCUCUCUCUCUCUCUGCUCUCUCAGCCCCAGCAAUGUUCUUAGUAUUAUCUAGGCAGUAUAGUAAAAGGGAAACUCUUCUAUAAAAUUUCAUGUCAUGCAGCUGUAAAAAAGCAAAAUUCCGUAUUUCAUGUGGGAGGGAAGAGUCACUCUUCUAAGAAAAAUAGCCUGGACAGGUGAAUGCAUGCAUGCAUGUGUCUAGAAUUGCUUCUCAGAAGACAAAGAGGUGAUUGCAACUAUUCAAAUAUGAAUGAAUGAAUGAAUUGAAUUGAAGGUCUAGCUUGGGUUGGUAAAGUUUUUGCCUUAGAGAUUUUAUGUCAACAGCUCCAGGAGGGAAACCUUUAUCUCUGGGGUUAAAAAAAAAAAAAUUCCCUCCUUGAUAUUAUUAUGAUCUCCUAAUUGCAGUGCAGGCAGGGAAAAAAAGGGAAAAAAUAAUACCAUUGCCACUAAAAAAAAAAACAGGAUGCUGAAAAUAAAAUAAAACUGUCUUUUCCCUUGUCCCACAUUUUUGGGAUUAAAGCCAGAAUAGGAUAGGAACUCCAGUAACAUUUCUGAGGUUGAUAACACCUUUUUAAAAGAACCUGUAACUAGCAGGCAAACAAACACCUAAAUAAUCAAAAAUUACCAAAGAACAACAAGAAAACUUAAAAAUGUUUGCUUCCUAUUCUUAUUCCCCCUCCUCUAACUGUGACAUCUCUUGCAUUGCCUGUGUGUCAAAAUAACUUGUGGAUGUUGGAAACUAUUUGAAAAUGUAUUGUGUGGAAUGUAAUAAAAUGAUGAUAUUUUUA